AGAGCAUCUCCAACUGCCUAGGCAAUUGGAGUAUUUAGCUUAAAUAGCUAGGCAAAGCACAAAAAGAGGAAAUCCAGCAGACUCGCUUCGCCGUGGGUGAAAUGGCGUGGUGCUACAGUAACUCGCUCAUCCGAGCGAGGUAUUUCAACCUCGCUCUAUCGAUUUCUUCCUCUUUUCCCUCUCUCCUCCCCUCGAUUUGUCAUCUCCCGGGCGAAGUUCAUCGCCGCUCUCGCUUUCCCGCGCAAAGUUUCUCCCUCUUUUCCCUCUAUACUCUAGGGUUGUGGAGAUUUUUCAUGGUCCUCAACAUCGAUAAGCUGAUGUUGUUACUGAAAUUACCUCUAUGCAUGUGCUGUUAAUGAUUUGGAAGAUGAGUUGGUUUGGGAUUGUACUAAGGAUGGUGUGUUUUCUGUUAAGUUUGCGUAUAUGUUGCUGUUUCAUGAGUGAUAUGAGCAUGAGCUGAUUGAACCGAUGGGGGCUUUCCCGUUAUGUGGAAAAGUGUGGGCUUUGGGUCUUCCACCUAAGCUCUAGCUUUUUCUUUGGAAGAUCAUUCAUCAAAUCCUUGCAGUUAAAGAUGCGCUUCUGAGACGGAACAUUAAUGUUGAUCCUGCUUGUCCACGGUGUGGGUGUGUAGGGAAGACGGUAGAGCACCUAUUUUUUGAGUGUGAGGGGUCUAGGAGGCUAUGGCGAGCUUACUCUAGGCACUACUCUGGUAUCAUUUAAUGAUUGGUUGUUGUGGUGGAUGAAAGAAGCACAUGAUAAGGAAGUGAUUUGGGACUCGGUUUGCCUAUUGUGGAGUAUUUGGUGUUGUAGGAAUAAUGUCUUGUUCCGAAAUGAAUUGUUUACCGUGGAUAAUGCCCUGUUUUAUUUUGCAGGAUUGCGUAGUCUUGUUAAGAAUGGGAAGUGGAAAUCUGGAGGGGAUAAGGGUGAGGGUGGGAUGGGUGGUGCUUGCGUUGCUGAUAAGGGAAGUGCUAGUUUUAUUUUUCAAAAGGAUGGUUUGGGUGAUGAUGGGAGGGCUCCUUGGGUGUUCAUUACAGAUGGAGCUUGGUGUGAGAAUACAAGAAAGGGAGUGGCAGCUUGGGCUAGGGUGGGUGGAAGGCAAAGGGAGAGAGUGAGUCAAGUGGUGGAGGCUAAGGCUUCUUCUGCUACUUUGGUGGAGGUGAAGGCGGGGAUUUUGGUUCUUCUCAGGGCUGUCUCCAACAAUGUGAAGGAGCUUUGCAUUCAAACAGAUAGCGCGGUAUUUGUUCAAGGGGCUAAGAAGCCUUCAUCUGUGUGGCCUACUCUGCAAGCAGCCCUUGAAGACUUUUGUUUGUUAUGUAAUGUAUUGUUUAAUUAUGUAAAACUUGUUAAAGUUUCUAGAAAUGAUGUAAGGGCAGCUCAUGAUAUAGCUAGAGCUGUCUUAAGGGACUUGUAGCAUGUAUUCUUUCCUGCAUGCUAUAUAUAUUGGGUUUAUGCUGUUCGUCGGAUUUUUUUUUCCCGCUGCAUUUGAUGUUGGAGUGAAUUUAUUGGAGGGAAUUUCCACUUUUUAAUCCUGCAAUGGAGGUGUUUCAAUAUC